CUUGAAGUGGGUGGGGAAAAACAGGCAGUGGAGGACACUGCAGCUUAUUACAGUGUGGCAAGUCAAGCUGGCGGCUCUAAUGGCACAGAUCUGGCUAUAAAAUGGCAGUGCCCAGUGAAAAUGCCUCAGCCCAGAGUGAAGCUGGUGGUGACGGGAGAUGAUUUCGGGUACUGUGAGAGGAGGAACCGGGGGAUUGUGGACUGCUUUCAGGCUGGAGGGAUCUCCAACGUGUCGCUGCUGGUUAACGCAGUCUCAGCUGAAGAUGCAGCCGAACUGGCCAAGAGGCAUCACAUUCCUAUUGGACUCCAUGCCAACCUCUCAGAGGGUGCCCCUGUGUGUCAGGAGCUGAAGAGAUCCACACUCCUCAACAAAGAUGGCUUCUUUCAUGGCAAAAUGGGCUUCAGAGAGGUUUUACAGAGCGGACAGAUGAACAUGGCAGAGGUGGAGGCGGAGCUUAGGGCUCAGGUUAAGCGUUUUUGCGAGCUCACUGGUCACCUGCCCAGUCACAUGGAUGGCCACCAGCAUGUCCACGUGUUGCCAGAGGUGCGAGAUGUUUUUGCACAGGUUCUCUCGGACUUCGGGAUCUCGUACACUCGCGUCCCGGUGGAGCCUGGCCUGCACUCCUGUACUUUUCUACCUCCCCAUCUCAGAGACUUCUACCUGCAGGUGGAGAAAGAUGCCCUCCAGUCUGUGGAGGUCUUCCAUCGGCAUGGCAUCAGAUGGCCAGACGUCUACUUGGGUCUGAGCACGAUGGGCCAGAACAUGUCCCUCACCAACCUCAAACGAGCGCUGGGCUUCGCUCUGGAGGCGCGGACAUCCUCAACAGCACAGUCGGAUAACAUCUGCGCCACAGACUCCAAUCAGCCAAUCACAGUGGAGCUGAUGGUGCAUCCCGGAUACCCGAGUCACCCUCUGCAGGGCGGCUGCGGCGAGGGGCCGGACGACUUCUCGCAGUCCUCGGACCGCCUGCACGAGCUGAACACGCUGAGGGACCCGGCGCUGCUCGGAUACUAUAAGCAGCAGGGAAUCCUCCUCUGUGCCUUCAACCACUUAAACACUUAACAUCCACUGCAGUGGGUCCACAGGUGCUGCCGCUCCCCGCGGGCUUUUUAAAGAGACCAGGAAUGUAACACCUGUCUUCACUAACGAGGGUUUCCCAGAAUCCUCAAGGCAUCAAUUAGCCAGAAGGUAAAUGAGAUGUUUGUAUCAUCUUGUGUUGAAGAGCGUUAGUAUUGUGUUUAGGCUCGGAUCCGAUGUUGCAGAUGGGGACUGAUCCGGGAUCUGUGGUUAGAGGCGACAUCAGCACUCAUUGUUUUUAUUAUUGUUUUGUUCACUGUGUAACAGAAGGGCGUGUCCUCUCUUAGGUUACGUUCACACAGCUGCAUGUAAAAAGUGGCCUAAAUUAUGUUUUUUUUUUUUUUUUUAAACCAAAUUUGAUGCUGUUUUUUAGCUGUUCACACUCUUUCUUACAUUUUUAAUGUUUUUUAAUGCGACUCUUUUCACAUUUUAGUCUAUUCUAUGUACAGUUCACACGCUCAAAAAAGAAAAGCAGCGCUUCACGUGAAGUUUCGGUUUCAUUUUCUUUAGCAUCACAGACCAUUUUAAAUUUUGUGUGCAAAUUAAAUGCAAACCACAUUUUGAGGUUGUUUGAAAGAAGCAUUAACAAUUGGAUUGGUAUAGAUAAGUCAGUACAGGUCAGUGUAACGUUAAUUAAUAGGCUAAAUGCAAAAAUAUAAAAUUGGAUGUAAAAACUCAUUAUUUCAUUUUUUUAUGUAGUGUACAACAAAUACGUUUUCAUCCAUUUUUCCAAUUUCAUUUUUUUCAUCUCUGCCCCUCUCUAUCGUAAUUUCAGUAAAAAAAUAAAACAAAAAAAAUCUUUGAUUUUCUGAUUUUUAAAUUUUUGCAUUUUGCAAAUUGGAUAAUAACAUCAGAUGUGUUACAAGACACACACACUGACAAAUCUGAGUGUUACCACAAAUUGGAUUUUUGUAUCAGAUGUCAGAUGUUCAAUCUCACAUAUAUUGAUGUGACCCAAUUUAAAUUGAAAAAAGUAUAUAAGAUCGGAUUUAAUUAGGGACACUUUUACCUGCUGUGUGAACGUAGCUUUAGUCAGGAGUCAAGCUUCCAAAAAUUCUCUUCAUUAUAACAUGAAGGUUUUUUAUUAUUAUUAUAAUUAUUAUUUUUUUUUUUUAGCAAACUGCCUCAAUAGAAAAACAAAUAAACACUCAAAAGAGUGUGACGGUUCUUUUAUAUAUUUAUAUUAUUAUUAUUAUUAUUAUUAUUAUUUCUUAAUAAAAGCCAUUACUGGAAAUUUGAAUGAUGUUUAAACAAACCAGGCCAGUUUCCAUCACUUGGGACUGGGUCUGAUUUGUGAUCAUGUUGCACAUGUAGAUUUCAGUGAAUAACUGAGCGUGUAGCAAUUACUCUAUAUUUUUAAAACAAUAUGUACUGUAUAUUUUUAUUACACAUAACAAAUGUAUUUAUGAUAUCCUAAUUGUAAAAUAAUUUGAAUUAAAGUCUUUUCUUUUAUUGCACAUGAA